AUGGAUGAAGAGGGUAGAUGGGUGAGUGGGAAAAAUAUGACUGAAAGAUUUGUUGGUCAUUAUAAAGCUUUUCUUGGUUUGAAUUGUAGUACAGGGGAUCGAAUUUUGGAUAGUGAAUUAUUUGUUAAUAAAAUUGAUCCAAGUGUUGCCAUUGAAAUGAUAAGAGUUGUGUCGGAUGAUGAGAUAACGAGAGCUAUGUUUGAAAUUGAAGAUAAUCGAGCUCCGGGUCCCGAUGGGUUUUCAUCUAAGUUCUUUAAAGCUUCUUGGAAAGUGGUGGGUCCUGAUGUUUGCAGGGCUGUCAGGGAGGUGUUGUGGGUUGGGAAGAUUCCGAAGUGUGUUAAUGCUACCAGAAUUAUACUUGUCCCUAAGGUUGAGUUCCCUCGGAAAGUUACUGAUUUUAGACCAAUUGCUUGCUGUAAUACCUUGUACAAAUGCAUUAGCAAGGUUAUUGUCAAUCGGAUUCGAAAUUGCUUAGGGAUGAUAGUUGAUCUAAAUCAAUCGACUUUCAUUCCUGGGAGAUCUAUUUUGGACAACAUUCUUCUUGUUCAAGAUUUGAUGGCGAGAUACAAUAGGAAGGAUGGCCCUCCUAAGUGUGCCCUGAAAAUAGAUAUCCAAAAAGCUUAUGACACUGUUGAUUGGAAAUUCCUUAAGCAAGCUUUGAUUGGGUUUGGAUUCCAUCCAGUUAUGGUCCAGUGGAUAAUGAUGUGUGUUACUUCAACUUGGUUUACUGUGAAUAUUAAUGGAGAGGACAAUGGCUGUGUUGAUCUUGCUGUGAGGUGUACUAUUAAUAGUAUACUUCCUUUUGAUGUUGGGAAGUUUCGGUUCAAGUACCUGGGUGUGCCGCUAUCAGUUAAUAAACUGUUUAGAAGGGAUUGUAAAGUUUUGGUUGAUAAAGUUGGAAUGCGCAUCCUAAGUUGGAAGCACAAGUGUUUGUCUUAUGCCGUAAGACUUCAACUUAUUGGUUCUGUUUUAUCAACUUUGCAUGUUUAUUGGGCAUCAGUUUUUAAGCUUCCUGUUGCCACUAUUUCUGAGAUUGAGAAGAUUUGUAGGGGUUAUUUGUGGAGUGGUGGUGAUCUUGUGAAGGGUAAAGCCAAAGUUAAGUGGAAAAUGGUGUGUAGUCCAAAAGAGAAUGGGGGUUUAGGAUUGAAAGACCUUAGAAGAUGGAAUGAUGUGUUGUUAUCCAAACAUGUGUGGAAUAUUGUUAAUAAUAAGAAGUCUUUGUGGGUGAAGUGGGUCUAUAAGUUUUACUUGAAAGAAAGGAAUUUUUGGGAUAUUCAAGUUAAAAAGAAUUUCUGCUGGACUUGGAAAAGGAUUUUAAUUGCUAGGAACAUUGUUCGUCCCCAUAUUGUUUCUUGUAUUGGAUCCGGUGAGAACACUUCCUUAUGGCAUGACUGGUGGCACCUGAUUGGGAUUUUGAGUAUGUUAAUCUCGAGGAGUGAGUGGAUUAGGGCGGGUUUCAAUGAUAUGUCAAAAGUGAAGGAUAUUUUUGUGAAUGGCCAAUUGUGUUGGCCGACUGAUUGGCUGGAAAAUUACCCUGGUUUGAUGGAUUGGCCUUUGUUUGUUAAUAAUGAAGGAACUGAAGAUAAUAUAAUUUGGAGAGAUAAUAAUGGAAAGUGUAAAAGAUUUUCUUGCAAACAGGUGUGGUUGGAUGUCAAUUUUUUUGGGCCAAAGGUUCCUUGGUUUCACACAAUUUGGUUUAGUAAUAACAUUCCAAGGAAUGCGUUUAUCCUUUGGAUGGCAAUUUUGGGUAAAUUAAAGACUCAGGACAGACUGCUAAGCUGGGAAAUUAAAGGUAAUCUGUUUUGCCCUUUAUGUUUGAAGAUUAAUGAUUCCCAUGAUCAUUUAUUUUUUAAGUGUGAUUUCUCUAAGCUUAUUUGGGAGUAUUUCUCUAAUAAGGCUGACAUCAGGGUGAGUUAUGGUAAUUGGAAGGAGUUUAUUUAUAAGUUUUGUGAGCAGGUGAAGGGCAAAUCUAUUGGGGUUUUUAUAAAGAAACUGGUUUUGGCAGGUUGUGUGUCGCAUAGUUGGCAUGAAAGAAAUAUGAGAUUCUUUAGAAAUAAUUUUAGAUCCCCAUUCUCUAUUACUUGUUGUAUUGAGAAAGAAAUUCAAUUGAGGUUAUUGGGGUUGAAGUAUGAAUCAAAAGUUAUUAAGAAGAAAGUGUGGAGAUGUUGGGGUAUAGAUAGAAAUAAUGAUGUUGAUAAUGGGAAUAAGGAUAAUGAAGUCUAG